AGCUUUGGUUCCCACCGGAGAUUAACUCACUCUACCCCCCAAACGCCCAAGACGUCUCUUUCGGCGCCCUCGUGCUGUUUCUUCUUACGCGCUUGGAGUUCCUUCACCCUGCGAACAGAUAACCCAACAGCCAGAGGGCCGAGGAUAGUACACAGAACGAUAGCCCAUGUCACAACGAGAAAGAUGUCGGUUGGCUCACCAGAAGUGUCCCCGAACACCCCUUGA